CAACAUUAUACGUGCGACACAACAUUACCUCGAAUCGGUUCAACCAGUUUGAGUUUUGACAUAUUCUAUGCUGAUCGAAACAUUUUUUUGCUGGAUACGAGUGAAAAAGAUUCAAGAUGAGCACUCCUCCAGCCAAGUUGCAGGAUAUGCCACCAAGAGGUGGCUAUUCUAGUAUUCCUUUUGCGAGAGUUCCAGCAAAAAAAUACUUCAAAGGAUGGCAGCUGAUAGCCGCUUACGCUGGUUUCACCACCGUCGGCCUCUCCUUGUACUAUUUGAACUGCAAGGAAAAUCAACGUAACGAGGUCGAAAUGCGAUCUGCACGGAAUGUUAUCUAUGCUCUGCUGUUGGCUGAGCGUGAUCGUGAAUAUUUGAAGCAGAUAAGACGAAACCGUGACGAAGAGGCUGAACUCAUGAAGGAUGUGAAGGGCUGGGAAGUGGGAACCUGGUAUGGGGAGCCGGUGUUCAAGACCUUACCCAAGGAUAAGUUUAUCGAUCCGACCUUCCAGGAGUUUUACGUACACAGUGCGAGCAAGGAACAGGCUAAGCGUAGAAACAUAAAACUAUUGAGCUAGACGGUUCCCCCAGAAGAUUGAGUUGGGUUGAUAUAAAAACAGCUUUGAGGAACUAGUUGAUUGUAAAAUAAACGUAGGUCUGUCGUUAUCUA